GGGCCAUGCCCCCGGCCCGCCCCCGGCCCCGGGCGGGGCUGCCCCGUCCCCGGCCCCGGCCGUCCCGCCGCGGUCUCGCCUCCGCCCGGCUCUGGCCGUACUGGCGGUGGCGCUGCUGGGCGGGCAUCAGCGCCUGGGGCAGGGGCGGCAUCGCCGCCCUUUGGCUCCGCCUGGCCCGAGCCCGGCGCCGGCCCCGACGCAGGGUCCAGUCCCGACCCCGGCUCCGGCCCCGGCCCCAUCCCCUCCCGGAGCCCGCGGAGGACACACGCGGCGUGGCCGCUCCCUCCGCCUCGGCUGCGGCUUCCCCGGCCCGAGCUGCGCCGCUCGGCAGCGCGGCCGCCGGCCCCGAGCCUCCCGUGUCCCGUUCGAAAGAGCGAACGUCGGGGGAUGGCCGGCCCGGGGCGCUCGGGGGGCGCUCGGGGGCCGUUGCUGGCCCCGGGCCGAGCGCUGACAGCCGCGUCCCGCCCGCAGGGAAGGCGCAGGAGGCUCUGCUGCAGCGCUACCGGGUGGGUUCGCUGCUGGGGCGCGGCGGCUUCGGCAGCGUCUUCUCGGCGACGCGGCUCUCGGACGGCGCCCCGGUGGCCAUCAAAAGGGUGCCGCGGAACCGCAUCCGGCACUGGGACGAGCUGCCCGACGGCACCAGCGCACCCCUGGAGAUCGUGCUGCUGGCCAAGGUGUCCACCGGCUUCCCUGGUGUCGUGCAGCUGCUGGAGUGGCUCGAGCUCCCCAACAACAUCGUGAUGGUGCUGGAGCGGCCAGAGCAAUGUCAGGACCUCCUGUGUUUCAUUCGGGCACGGGGGUUCCUGUGCGAGGAGGUGGCGCGGGAGCUGUUCCGCCAGGUGCUGGAGGCCGUGCGGCACUGCACCAGCUGCGGGGUCCUGCACCGCGACAUCAAGCCAGAGAACAUCCUGGUUGACCUGGCCAGCGGGCAGGCCAAAUUGAUUGACUUUGGCUGUGGCACCUACCUGCAAGACACAGCCUACACUUACUUUGCAGGAACACUGUCCUACAGUCCCCCGGAAUGGACCCGCUUGGGCCGGUACCACGGCGAGGCAGCAACGAUCUGGACGCUGGGCAUCCUGCUGCACCAGAUGGUCUGCGGGAAGCACCCUUUCAGGAGGGGGCGGAACAUCAGCCGGGGCCAGCUCUCGCUGCCACCACGGCUCUCUCAAGGUGGAUCCUCUUCUCUGCGCACGGGGGGAAUACCAGUGCUGGGAGGCAGCAGCGGGCUCCUGGGGUAUUCCUCCGCCAUAGAAGAAGGGAGAGAGCCACAGGCACACUUUGAUCCAGGGCCCUGCGAGGAUGACCUCAAGGAUGGCCUCAAGGAUGACAAACUCUUCCUCAACCUGGCCCCCGGCAGCUGA